AUGAAUGAAUGGGGGCUUGCUUGGGUUCUUUGGGGGCUGCGCGUCGCCGCGGAUGGACCUUUGGUUGGGGGUGUUUGGGAAUGGGUGGUUCCAAUGGGGAACAGUUCAAUCAAUUCUCUCGAUCCCCGAAUCAUGCAGGAAAUGGAAAUAACAUCAUCGCACUCAACUCACUCUCGCUCUCGCAACCGCCCCAGUCGUCUCGUCUCGUCUCGUCUCGUCCUACCCCCGCUUGCCCACCUUGUAUUUAUCGAUGCACGCCCGUCCGCGGCCUCCCUCUUCAUUGCUUCAAAGCGCUUUUUUGUUAGACCUUUUUUUUUCAUCCGCAUAACAACAUGA